AUGCGGGCUAAAUGCAGAGUGGCCCGACGAUGCGGACAGCUUCCGCAGCAUCUAUGUCAGUCGACGGUGAAGGUGACCGGUUCCCCCACUGUGGUGGAGAAGCUAUCGUUCUACAAUCAUACGGAAUGCGAAUGCAAAGAGAGGUACGACACGACGUACAAGAAACUCAGGGAUCAGAGAGUAUAUCGACACUCUUCGUCGCCCCCACAAAACAUGAAGAAACCACCUUCGAGAAAGCCAUGCCGAUGCCCGUCGGAAUUCACGCCGAGGAUCACGUCGGAGGGCAUUUGUCAAUGUAAUUGCUACGACAGUAAUCAGAAUUGUAUAAAGAUCAGACGCGGAAAGGGGUACUUCUCCAUCGCGGACAGACUAUGCAUUCAGAACAAUGAAUGUGCGAUGCCUAACUGUGAAUUCGGUGAGUAUAAGAGCGGACCAGGCAAGUGUCCAGAUAAAAGGGAAACCUUCAAUGCAAUGGCAAGUUCCCGAAUGAAUCAAAAUCGCCGAUUCAGAAGCUAUAUAGAAAGGAAUCGCGAUUCGCGAUAGAUAUAUACGGAUAGCAAAGGAAAGAAGAAUAACAAUUGCAUAAAAUAUAAUUCGUGUCGUGCCAAUGAGAGAAGAGAAAGAAGCGCGACGAAGCGCACAAGAAUUUGAUGGUGCCAUUUUCUUUUAUUUUUUUUCAAGUGUGACUUCGUCAAGAAGAGAGAGAGAGAGAGAGAAAGUGAGACUCAUUAUAUAUGUAUAUGUGUAUCCCCGCGUCAUUAUGUAUAAACUGUACAUCGCCAUUCAGGCCGCGCGCGUAUGUCAUCAUCGCUUUCUUUUCUAUCUUUCGUUAACAAGCAUAGUAAUAAUAUAAUUUUCGUGCGGUGCAUCGAUUUUCAAUAUCGAUUAUCAUCAUAAGGAUAGCAAAAUAUUUCGUUAAAAAGACGUUUACGCGAAAGUGACAAAAAUAAUUUUAAUUCACGAUACACGGAAAGAAUUUUCUCUUAGAAU